UAUGGUCGCCAGGACAUCAUAUCUAUACAAUGAUUUUUAGGUUAUUUUUUUGAAACGUAAGGAAAAAAUCUAAUUUGUCCUUGUAUAUAGCGAAAUAUUAUGCUAUUGGCAACGUUAACUUUGGCACUUCUAUUGGUGUGAUAGGAUAUAACUUAUUUCUAAAGAUUGCAAAAUGGCUGGACGAAUACCAGAUAGAUGGUUGCAAUAUAAAGCAUGUGGAAAAGUCAUUGAAGGCACAAGAAUUAUUUGCUUUAAAGUACCACUAAAAAGGGCUACGCAAGUAAAACAUGUCGAAGAGAAUAAUAUAUGGGAUAUUGCGCAGCUUUUAUUAAGAAUACCAAAUAUAGGAGCAGUUUUAGACCUUACAAACACCACUCGCUAUUAUAAUCCGAAGAAUUUCCAAGCUGUGGGUGUUUUGCAUAAGAAGAUAUUUAUUCCGGGUCGUACAAUUCCGCCCGAAGAAAAAGUGACCGAAUUUAUAAAUGCUCUGGAUGGGUUUCUGGAAGAGAACAAUAAGUGUUUGGUCGGCGUCCACUGCACGCACGGUCUGAACCGGACGGGGUACAUGGUGUGUCGAUAUAUGAGGGACCGCCUUGGGGUGCCGGCCGCAGAAGCCAUCAGGCGUUUUGAAUUAGCACGAGGCUAUCAUAUAGAAAGGGAUAACUAUAUAGCGGAUUUGCUCGGGAAAACUCCGCCGCCUCCCGAUGAAGGCUGUGACACUAUUGUAAAACCAAUUAAACAACAGGAAAAUGUUGAAAAAAUUACUUGCAAAGAAAAAGAGGGAAUAAGUCACAAGAGGAAACAAGAGCAGGCAACUAUAUCCGAAAAUACGAAAAAGAAAAAACGUAAAAGAAAAAAACAUACAUCAGAUAGUUCAAGUAUGGAUAAAUCGGACAGGUCUUACGAUUUUAAGUAUGAUUAUUGAAUAUCUUUUGCUUGUAAAUAAAUUUAACUUAAUUUUUAAAUGUAUUUUAUGGUACAGGUAUCAGUUCUAAAAUUUGUGAUCAUCCCAUUUAAUAAAAUUGAUUGUAUUUACUCAAAGAUUUUUUAACUAACUAAAUCCAUACUAAAAGAGUCUUCCUUAAUGACCAGUAAAAAAAUCUGAGUGUGAUAGUAAAAAUCAAUACUGUCCAUUAAAUAAAC